CGUGGCUGCAGGUCAUUUCAAUGCGUACCAGGUUAUACCUGUGUCCUGGAUGGUGAAUGGGAGUUAUACACGUCGAUCCUCACGGACCUCACCGUGAGGUUUCUCCUUUCCUCUAUCUCUCUCUCUCUUUCUCUCUCAUUUUCUCUUUUCUUCCUCUUGCACUUCGUAUCUUUCUCUCCCACUCUUAAACCUUAUUCUCUCUCUCUUUCUCUUUCUAUCUCUCUCUUUCACUAUUUCCCUCUCUCUCAAUCUCAGUUUCCAUCCUUCUUUUCUCUGGCUACCGUCUCCGUCCUUCCAGAGUGAGCUUCGACGAGAGGCAUAUCGUGUGCUAGUCGAGGCAUGUGCUCGCCAGUUUACCUCAGGAUCUCGAACCGGUCGCGACGCUACGUUCGGAAGAUUCCAAAUAUUCGAGUUAUACGAGUCGUACGAGGUCAAAGCUUGAGGGUCUAAUCCUUAGCCAAUAGAUUUGAAAUAUUGCAUUAUCUUUCACAUUCCUUCUUCUAUCUUCUUAGCUUAUCUCGUUAAAUUUUUGUUUUUUUCGACAAAAGUGAAAAUUUCUUUGGAGGAUUUGAUUUUCGAAAAAAAUGGGAACGCAAAUGCGAAGCGUCGUCACCGAUAAACUCGCCACAACCACCAAAGGUAUAUCUUGGUCGACUACAGAAACACCUUUCACACCGGAAGAAGAAGAUGCGAUUGUAACUUUGGUCGUCGUAGUAAUUGGUGUAAUCGUCACUAUUGUUAUUUUAUUUUCAAUGGGAAUUUUUAUCGAUUGUAAACAUCAAAAGAAGGAAACAUUUAAGAAGAGGAAACCGAGACUAAAAAUGCCACAAAUUCCACGCGUUCGAAGGACACAACCUGACGACGUUAAGUCCUUUGCCUCCGAUAUGUGUCCAAACGAUACAACCGAUUCGUUUUCAACGAGAGAUGCCAUAGUUUGAUUAUCUUCAAUCGAACGAUUCUCUUUUCGUAUUGACUGAUAUAAGUGCAAGAAUUUCGUUCGAAACAGUCGAAGAAACAGAAACAAUUAAUGACUUUUUUCUACGAACUUACGAAAAAAUUUCACGAACUACGUUGAUAGGAUAUUAUAUAUCCAUUACUACUACGAAGUCGAACGACAUAGUGUUUUAUCGCUGUGAUUUAUGCAAUCUUCUUUUACGUAACUCUUCUUCAUCGUGCUUUUUUUUCCAUUGAAAAGCAGCAAGAAAGAGCAGGUACCGAUUUAUUAAAACUAACGAAUUAUCGAUCAUUGGUCGAUCAAAGUCUCUUCUCGAUUGUUUUAUACGAUUGCGCUGGGUUGCUUCUCGAUUAUUGAUUUUCAAAUAUAAAUUGAAUUGAGAAUCACGUACAACGAGAUUCGAAUUAUCGUAACCAAUGACCGUUUUAUUGGAGAGGUUAAACAAAUAGAAAAAAGUAUAUCACUGAAAAUAUUUGAUACAUGUCUCUCAACAACCUACCAUUAAUUUUUCUCUAGAAUUGUUCCAACGAAUUU